ACCAUUCAAAUCAUAUAACAAUUGAUUUUUAUCUUGAAUUUUAUAUUUUGGUUCCUCGGUUCAUCAGAAUUCAUGGAUUCCAGUAGGUUUUCCGGCCAUUAUUUGGGAGGGAUGGAUGGUCUUGGUAACCUCAGCCUUGGGCUGACAACUCAGAAUUUUGAACUCGAAGGGGCUCCGACCGGGACAUUGAAUUUAUUGUCGACUAUAGAUAAUUCGGGUGGUCCGACCCAACUUGUAUCCGCUCUACCUCAGUAUAUUGGCGGUUACGGUUCCACCUUUAGCACAGAAAAAGCUCAGAAUGGAACUGUUAAUAGAUCUGAGGCAGAAACUGCGCAAAUGGUUAUAUUCUAUGCGGGUCAAGUACUCGUGUUCAAUGAUUUUCCGGUGGAAAAGGCAAAUGAGAUUAUGAUGGUAGCCACUGGACAGAAGCACCCCACCAACGCCGUUCCGCCGCCUUAUAUGGUGCCAAGUCCGGCUGAAUCCACCACCAAUAGCCCUGGGUUUGACCGCCUUCACUUCCAUCAUCAGCCACCCCUUGGUUCCGAUUUACCAAUGGCAAGGAAAAAUUCGCUAGCCCGGUUCCUGGAGAAGAGAAAAAACCGGAUCAAUGCAGCAAAGUCGCCAUAUCAAGCAAGCAACCAGACGGCGGCGAAAGGCUCGGCUUGGCUGGGUUUGGGUCCUCGCUUUCCUUUCCAAUAA